GCCUCAUCUUGAAGGCCCACACCAUAGCAACUCUUCUCUUCUGUCGCAAGUGCCCGAACACCCUUAAUAGUUAAUACUCAGGAGGCGUCAAAACAAUUGGCAGACUACCCGGCUGAAGAAGAAGAAGAAGAAGAAGAUGAAGAUAAAACCCUUCCUUGCAGAGAAUAUCUUGGAUGGCGAUUAUACCUUGCGGUAGCACAUGGGUUGCACAAUGGGGAGUUCAACCAAAAACUAUGUUAAGGCCCUCUGUCACGAACAAGUUGAUGAUGUCAUCCCAACAUGUAAUUUCAAGCAAGAUAAAAUACUUGGCGUCAAAAAAUUCAAGCUUCUUGUUGCAAGACUCCUUGCAUGCAGUGUUUAGGACAAGGCUAACUCAAAAUGUUCGUCAUCAUAGGGGUGCAAGGCUCAUUGUUAGAGCUGACAGUGAUUAUUAUUCUGUCCUUGGGGUGUCAAGGAAUGCGAGUAAACCUGAAAUUAAAAGUGCUUAUCGGAAGCUUGCAAGGAGUUUUCAUCCUGAUGUUAACAAAGAACCUGGGGCAGAGCAGAAAUUUAAGGAGAUAAGCAAUGCCUAUGAGGUCUUGUCAGAUGAUGAGAAACGAUCCUUAUAUGAUAAAUAUGGAGAGGCUGGGCUUAAAGGUGCUGGUAUGGGCACGGGGGAUUUCAGCAACCCAUUUGAUCUGUUUGAGUCAUUAUUUGAAGGCAUGGGCGGUAUGGGUGGCAUGGGUAUGGGAGGCAGAGGUUCCAGAAGUAGGGCAGUGGAUGGCAAUGACCAGAUUUAUAAUCUAGUCUUGAAUUUCAAGGAAGCAAUAUUUGGGGUGGAGAAAGAGAUUGAGAUAACCCGGCUUGAGUCCUGUGGUACCUGUAGUGGAUCAGGAGCAAAGCCAGGGACCAAAUCAACUAAAUGUAGCACAUGUGGUGGGCAAGGUCAAGUUGUUUCAUCGGCAAGGACCCCAUUGGGGGUUUUCCAGCAAGUAAUGACCUGUUCAGCUUGUGAAGGGACUGGUGAGACAUUCACUCCUUGCGAUACAUGUGGAGGGGAUGGGCGAGUCAGGAGGACAAAGCGGAUUAGUCUGAAAGUCCCUCCUGGUGUGGACUCCGGUAGCCGAUUGAGGGUUCGAUCAGAAGGUGAUGCUGGAAGGAGAGGAGGAGCCCCUGGAGACCUUUUUGUUGUUCUUGAAGUUCUCCCAGAUCCUGUACUCAAACGUGAAGACACCAACAUCCUGUACACCUGCAAGGUGUCAUACAUUGAUGCUAUAUUAGGGACAACAAUCAAGGUUCCAACAGUGGAUGGUAUGGUCGAUUUGAAGAUCCCUGCUGGUACCCAGCCAAGCACGACACUGGUGAUGGCAAAGAAAGGUGUGCCACUGCUAAAUAAGAGUAACAUGAGGGGUGAUCAGUUGGUUCGUGUUCAAGUCGAGAUCCCAAAAAGGUUGAGCAAUGAAGAAAGGAAACUCAUUGAAGAGCUUGCUGACCUCAACAAAGCCAAGACUGCAAACAGUAGAAGAUAGUUGUGGUAAUGUCAUCACCUGUUGAUUCAUCUUUUGCACUUGCCCCCACCCGUCCAUAUUUUUUUUUCUCUGGAGGACAAAAUUUUAAUCGGCAGCACAUGUACAUGUAUUUUCAAAAGGGAAAUUCGAUGCUAAGAUCUCUGGAUUAGGUUGGAAGGGAAGCAGUGGUGAGUGUAGUAUCAGGUUCAAAUUUUUUUGGUUUAAAUUUUGAAAUAUAGAUUGAUAGGCCAUGAGGAAAUAAUAUUUAGGGGGAAGGUUCUGCUUGUUCUCAUUCUGCUAUGUUAAUCAUUUCCAUUCACCUGAUAAUUUAUUUGUCUGAAACAUAUGAAACCGGAAAAUCCUGGUUUAUCCAUU